AGAAGACUUCGUCUUCUAUUCAAGAUGCAAUUGAGUUCCAAGGAGAGAAAUGGAAGACCAGAGUCUACAGAGAUCCAAUAACUGGCUGGAAGGUCUAUCUAAGGGUUUAUGUCAUGAACUGGAGCUCUUUUCUCUCCAUGGCCUGAAAAUUGUGCAGGCACAUCGGGGUUUUAUACGCUGUAGUUUCGUGGUCUCCAAUCGCAUAUGUGAUGGAGAUGGGAAUUGGCAUGUGGGUGCUUUGGCUACUUUGAUUGAUGAUGUUGGAGCUGCUGCUAUAUUCUCUUUGAGUGGCCACAUUAAAGCAUCUCUUGAUUUCAGCAUUUCUUUUUAUUCUACAGCUAAGAUUCAUGACAAGGUGGAGAUAGAGGCAAAGGUUGUAGGAGAGAAGGGAAGGCUAAUGUCAGUAGUUGUGGAAGUAAGGAGGAAGGAUAAUGGAGAAUUAAUUGCUUUAGCUAAGCAAUGGAUGGCCUUCCACAGUAUUGCAAUUUCAGGUUUCUUUGACCGAGACAGAUAGAGGGAUACAAUCAAUACAGAUGACAAAAUUCAACCCCGAUUCUCAAAAGAGCACGCAAUGUAUUUUUUUCUUUUUUGAAAUGGAUAUACGAAAUUAAUCCAUCAAAGUAAUACCUUAAUUAAACUCUUGAUACA